ACAGCCGUGUACCUGAGAAUGCCACAUAUUCUCCAGAGAAACUUGACAGCAGUGUACCUGAGAAUGCCACAGAUUCUCCAGAGAAACCUGACAGCCGUGUUCCUGGGAAUGCCAAAGAUUCUCCAGAAAAAGUUGACAGCAGUAUACCUGAGAAUGCCACAUAUUCUCCAGAGAAACUUGACAGCAGUGUACCUGAGAAUGACACUGAUCCUCCAAAGAAACUUGACAGCAGUGUACCUGGGAAUGCCAAAGAUUCUCCAGAAAAAGUUGACAGCAGUGUACCUGGGAGUACUAGGGAUUCUUCAGAGAAACCUGACAGCAGUGUACCCGGGAAUGCCACAUAUUCUCCAGAGAAACUUAACAGCAAUGUACCUGUGAAUGCCACAGAUUCUCCAGAGAAACUUGACAGCUGUGUACCUGGGAAUGCAAAGGAUUUUCCAGAGAAACCUGACAGCAGUGUACCUUGGAAUGCCACGGAUUCUCCAGAGAAACCUUACAGCUGUGUACCCGGGAAUGCCAAGGAUUCUCCAGAGAAACUUGACAGCCGUGUACCUGGGAAUGCCACUGAUCCUCCAGAGGAACUUGACAGCCGUGUACCUGGGAAUGCCACAGAUUUUCCAGAGAAACUUGACAGCUUUAUACACCAUGAUUUUGUUGGUGAUGAUGAUGAGUUUUCUUUUUCGGAUUCCAAUGAUUCUGAUUAUUUACCUUCAGAAGAUACUGAUCAGGGUUCUAGUGAUACAGAUGACAAUGCAGUUUGUUCCUUCCAACAUUUAAAAGAUUCAUCCAAUCCUUCCGAUUAUGUCAGUGACAGUAAUGAUUCUGAGAAAAGUAUUGAUGUUCCAAUAUCUAUCCCUUUUGAAACUAGGGGUUCUAGUGAUACAGAUGACAAUGCAGUUCGUUCCUUGCUACAUUUGAAAGAUUCAUCCAAUCCUCCCGAUUAUGUCAGUGACAGUAAUGAUUCUGAGAAAAGUUUUGUUGUGCCAAUAUCUAUCCCUUUGGAAACUAUCACUGUACAGAAAACCAACACAGAGAAAGGAAAGCAGAAAUGGGACAAAAAACAUGCAUGCAAAUUUUGUGGAAGAUUGUACCCAAAACUGGCUAGACACUUGGAAACAAUGCACAAAAAUGAAGUUAUGGUAGCUAAGGCUCUUUCCUUACCCAAAAACAGUGCUGAAAGAAAAGAAAUUUGGAAAACAAUAAGAAAUGAAGGAGACUGGGAUCACAACUUCAACAUUUUGAGAAAUGGAACUGGAACAUUAAUACCGAAGUAUAGAGAGCAGAAGACAAGAGCACAUAGUGAAUUUAUACCAUGUAGUGGUUGCAAGGGUUUGUACUCCAAAACAUCAUUGAGUGAUCAUUUUAAGACAUGUGUUAGUAAGCAGACUGAAAAAAAAAGUCAAGGAGUGAAAGAAGGUCGUUUUUUACUACCUAUUCCAGAACAUAUUAAUGGAGGAUUUUACAAAGAUGUUUUAUUAUCCAUGUCUCAAGAUGACAUUUAUAUGUAUAUAUAUCGCGAUCCACUCAUACUGAAAUUUGGGAAGCGUCUGUAUGAAAAUAAGGACAUCCAGGAACAUACAUCUAACCACAUCAGCUGCAGAAUGAGAGAACUAGGCAGACUAAUUGGAGAAGCCAAAAAGACACCUGAAUGGGGUAUCCAGAAGAUUGAGGAUUGUUUUAGUCCUGAGAAAUUUAACAAUGUUGUGUCGUGUGUGAAGUCCCUUGCAGGAUUUAGUGAAGAUACACAUAUGUAUGCAACUCCUUCACUGGCACUGAAAAUAGGGUAUAGUCUUCAACGAUGUGCAAGGAUUUAUAGAUCAGAUGGAAUUAUUGAGUCAGAUAUAACAAAACAAGAGAAUGGUUCAGCUUUCAUUCAGCUGUAUGAGUCUGAUUGGAACGAUCUCAUCUCUUCCCGUGCACGACAAACUUUGAGUGAGAAAAAGUAUAAUGCGCCAAAAAUGUUACCUCUAAGCGAGGAUGUGUACAAGCUUAAUUCCUACCUAAAAGAAAAAAUCAAAGAACUUUUGAUGAAAUUGUCGAAUGAUUCAGCUUUCUACAUUGAGCUGGCAAAGAUGACGCGAUGUCACAUAACUCUUUUUAACAGGAAGCGUGGAGGCGAUGUGCAGCGUAUUACUGUAGACAAUUACAAGCAAGCUAUUGAAGCACAAAACAGUGUUCCCUACGAUGACGAACUUAAAUCAAGUUUGUCAGACGUGGAAAUUGAGCUUUGUCGUUCUUUGACUCGAAUUGAACUCAAAGGCAAACAGGAAAGAAAAGUUGCAAUAUUACUUACUCCAGAGAUGAUUAAAUGCAUUGAUCUCUUAAUGCAGAAAAGAAGUAAUGCAAAUGUAUGUGGAAAAUAUUUAUUUGCUAGACCAUCACCCUCCACACGAACACUAAGGGCAAGUGACGUAUUGAAUGAAAUAUGUGGGAAAAUAGAAUUGCGCUAUGGAAACAUUAUAACCUAUACAAACCUCAGAAAACACAUUGCCACAAUGGCACAAAUCCAUGAGCUUAGUGAAAACGGUCAGGACCAAUUAGCCAAAUUCCUUGGCCAUGACAUAAGAAUCCACAGAGAAAUUUAUCGGCAACCAUUGGAUAUCAUUCAAAAAACAAAGAUUUCCAAGAUGUUAAUGCUAAUUAACGAGGGGAAAAAUGUCACGGAGAUGCCAUUUAAUAAUCAGGAAGAGGUAAAGGAAAUUGACGGGUCCUGUGCUGAUGAGAGUGAUGGAGAAAUGGAUUACCAGACUGAUAAAGACAGUCUUCAUAAUAAAAGCGCUCAAGAGAAAAGGAAAGCACCCUCUGAUGGCAGAUCUACCGAUGAAAAUUCUGCAGGCAAACGUCACAAAACACAGAAAAAACCAUGGAAUCCAUCUGAAAUGAAUUCAGUCAACAAGCAUUUUUCCCAUUUUAUUGCAAUGUCCAAAGUUCCUGGCAAGAACGAUAUCGAGAAUGUUUUAAAAAAGGAUAAAAUCCUUUCCAAAAGAACUUGGAGAAAUGUGAAAGAUCAAGUGUACAACCUUAUAAAAAAACAAAGAAAAUGCUGAUAUUUUGUCUUUAUUUACUUUGAUAAUGAAGUAAUUACAAGUUCAUUAUAGCUUGUGGACAUCAAUUUUCAUAUAUUUCAUAAAGCACAGAAGUGUGAGAAUUAGCAAAUUUGUAGAAAAUACUCCAUGUAUAGCUUUACCAAUACAUACUGUUGUCAUGUUUGUUGCUGUGAUGAGCAUUCACCUUUGUAAAAUAACUAAGGAAUAAGGGCCAUGAUAACUUUAGCUGGAAUUGAUUAAUACAACUGUAAAACUAAUAUGGUUUUGUGUUUUCAGUUGACAUUAACUUGAAAUGACAAAAUUAUUUUUUUUUCAGAUAUUUUGGGUAUAGACCUUGAUUAAUUUUAGCAUUGUCAUUGAAAUACAGAGGGAUUGAAAUAAAUAUUACAGUGACUGGACAUGAAGUAUUAAUGAGCAAAUUGUGUACCGGUAUAUCUACCUUCAUUGUUGGUUGUAUGAAUGACUAUGGUUACAGUUAGUAUUUGUAUGAAUUAUACAUAACUGGUAAUUGAUUUGAUUUGAUGUUUGGAAAUAGAUUUUGACAAAUAUAUAAUGUACUAGAAAUUAAGAAAAUAUUUAGUAACUUUGCAUACUGCAAAUUAUAUUAAUGAGCUAGAUUUGCUAUAUAAAAAUUAAUUGUACUGUUGAUGUGCAUUGAUGAUAGUUGUAUGAACAACAGAAUGUGUACUGUAUUCACAAGAAUUGUAGAUUUGUUGAAAUGUUUUAAUGAUAGAUAUACGAAUUGGUUAUUUUAAUCAAAAUGUAGAGAAUAUGUUGUAUGUACAUGUACAUAUAGUGUUUUACAAUUUCGGUUUUGGAGUGAACUGACAGCAUUAGUAAACUCUGAAUAAUUUGAAUUUGUAAAUUCACAAAUUGCACUGAUGAAAUGUUGGAGAAGUAGAUACAUGUAUUGACAUGUUUCAUACUGUUGAAAUGAAUUACUUUAUUGUGGAUGUUGAGAGUUGACAUUGAUAUGAAUGAUGCAUCGUUUACAGCUAGUAUGCACAUGCACUAUACAUACGAGGUAUUUGAUUGUUUGGGAUGAUUUGGAGAUUUGGAAAUAAAAAAUUGGCUGAUUUUGA